GGGGGGUAUUUCCAGCCGUGCCCCCCCCCCCCGGGCUCUCAUUUCCCCAUCGGGUGCAGUGCCGACGGGUGCAGCCAUGGCCGAGGAGCAGCGGGACCUCAUCUCCGACCGCAGCAGCGGGGUGCUCCCCAUCGGGGACACCCAGAGGUCUGCCUUCGGCCGCAGAGCCGCCCUGUCCACGCUGUCCAUCCUGGUGGCCCUGCUGAUCGCCGGCCAGGCCGUCACCAUCUACUUCGUGUACCAGCAGAACGGGCAGAUCAGCAAGCUGACCAGGACCUCCCAGAACCUGCAGCUGGAGGCACUGCAGCGCAAGCUGCCCCAGAGCAGCAAGUCCGCGAGCAACAUGAAGAUGUCCAUGGUGAACACCCCCCUGGCCAUGAGGGUCCUGCCUCUUGCCCCCUCCCUAGACAGCACGCCCGUGAAGGACAUGGGGCCCCGCAGCAACAAGACCGAGGACCAAGUCAGGCACCUGCUGCUGCAGGCAGACCCUAGGAAGAUGUUCCCGGAGCUGAAGGACAGCCUGCUGGACAACCUCAAGAGCCUGAAGCAGAACAUGACCGACGCGGACUGGAAGUCCUUCGAGUCCUGGAUGCACAAGUGGCUGCUCUUCGAGAUGGCCAAAAGCCCCAAGCCGGACGACCGUAAGGCCAUCCCGGCGGAGAAAGUGCAAACUAAGUGCCAGGUGGAGGCUGGUUUCGGUGGUGUCCAUCCGGGUCGCUUCCGCCCCGAGUGCGAUGAGAACGGUGACUACCGGCCCAAGCAGUGCCUCGCCAGCACGGGCUACUGCUGGUGCUGCUACAAAAACGGCACCAGGAUUGAGGGCACUGCCACCCGGGGAGAGCUGGACUGCUCGGGGGCCACGCUGACGGAGCCUGAGGAGAUGAUCUUCUCCGGGGUGGACAUGCUCAAGCUGGGCGCCGAUAAAGCCAAGUAGAAGAGGACAGCUGCAGAUGCCCAGGCGGUCCUUCAGCGCCCCAGCUCGGGUUUUUUGCUCUGAUUUCUGCUCUUACCUCGCUUUCCCAAAAACCUCCUUCCCAGGCAGUGAUUGCUUCCCUUCCCCUGCUCCAGGGCCUGGCCUGAGGUUGAUGACAGUGGGCUGGGGCUGCCCCAGGAUAAGUGCUACAGGGGAAGAAUUUGCUAAAAGUGGAGGUGGAGCAGGCUGGAGGGGGAUUUCAGCCGCGGCAGCCCACCAGUCCUUUCCCCUGUUUCUGAGGGUGUGUGAGCUGCAGUGAGGGCGUUGCGUGAAGGACACCACCUGGUUCCCAGCCCUGUCCCCCAGGGCGCCUCUCCCCUGGCAUCCCUCAGCACCAGGCCCAGGCACACUGAGAUUGCCCCUGCUGAACGAGCCACUAAUGAAUGCUUUCUUAGGCUGAACAAACAUUAAACGCAGCAAAACAACCUCCACAAGCUUCUUAACUAAACCCUGUAGGCAGGAGCUCCGUUACUGAAGCUUCCUCACCAUUUCUUGCGUUUUUUUUUUUGUUUAACACUCACUUCUGUAGGGAUAGGUGCUCACCUCCAGCUUCUUCCUUCAGGGUGGGGAACAGCCACGGCAGUGGGGAGCGGAGGGAACAGGAGCUAGUCCUGGAGUCAGAGGGGCUUCUCAUUUUUCUGACAGAUCUGAUAACUUCCUUUAUAAACGAUGUCACAAGCUAAUUAUUUCAAAUAAACUUUUGAAUAAGAAAGCCUUGUAAGCAA